AUUAAACUAUUCAUUUAUAAUUACUUUAGUUAUCAUUCAUUUUUGACAGCAGUUUUAUUGAUGUACAAGGGGAAAAGUAAAUAAAAUGCGAAAAUAGGAAGGAUAUAAGAUUUACAAAUUUACAGAAACAGUAAAAAUAUAAAUCUAUAACAUUUUAAAAUAUUACAAAUACAAAUUUACAAAUAUAAGUUUAUGAAUAAUCUAAUUCUAAAUUCAAUUUGCAUCGGUAGUAUCGAGUUCAGUAUCGAUCAGCACAUCACUACCGGAAACGACCGAUUUGUGGGCGGAAGUGGCUAAGGGACCGCUUCAUAUCGAAAGAAAGCAUAUGUGACGUCAUUUGCAUCCAGAAUGUUAAGUGUAUAAACAAUGUGCAGUAUCAUGUAUCCGGCUAUAAUGUAUUUCCUUGUGUGGAAUUCCACGAAUGCCCUUUAAACGUUUCACGCGACGUCACCGGAAACGAUUGAUUUGUGGGCGGAAGUCACUUAUCUGGACCUGUGAAUAUAAGCAAUGAAAAUACAGAGUUUAGCCGUUAGUUAGGGAAAUGUAUUUCCUGGAUGACUGUGAUGCCUGCAAAUGGGAAAGGGUGUGGAUAAAAGACCACGGCGUGUUAAAGGGGCGGGGAGCCGACGACGACUUCCUGCGUGUCGACUGAGUACUGACUCGCCAUCAAAACCAGCUAGCUGACGGUCGCCGAGUGUUAAUAGUGUUUGACAAUCGGUGGUGGAUAUUGGAUGGAAAUAAUUGUGUCCUCCUCCCGCGUGGAUAUUGCUGAGGCUAGACAGGCAAGGUCUUUGGUCUUAGGUCCAGGAAUCAAAUGGAAUGUAAGUUAGUCUUUCUUCUUCCGGGUGGCCGCUACGUUGCUGAUCAAAGCUGAUAUCAUGGCUGCGGUCCGAGUGGCUGCUUUUGGCUGGCAGUGACACACCGAACCCAGCAUGAAAGCCACGGCGUCCAGAAUCCCCUUCUGUGCGGGUUUCGUGGUGGGAUCCUUCAUGCUCUACGUUUAUUUACGGCCAGUCAUCUUGGUCAACACUUUCUCCUCGCAACGAGCCAGCAGCUUCGAACAGCAUCAUGAUCACCAACAGCAGCAGCUGGAAGAAGACAAGGUGUGGAAGAAGGAGAGGUCUGCCCUCUUCAACCUCAAACACCCUCAUCAUUCAGAUGAGGACAGCAGAAUGGCAGACGAGUUGUACAAAAAAGUGCGUAUUCUUUGCUGGGUGAUGACUGGACCCAACAACCUGGAGACGAGGGCUCGCUACGUGAGGGACACGUGGGGCCGCCACUGCAACAUCGUGGUCUUCAUGAGCUCUGUGGGUGAUCCCGACUUCCCAGCAGUGGGUCUGAAUACCAAAGAGGGCCGUGACCAGCUUUACUGGAAAACCAUCCGGGCCUUUCAUUACGUCUACGAGCACCACGGCCACGAAGCCGACUGGUUCCUCAAGGCGGACGACGACACCUACGUCAUAGUGGACAACAUGCGCUGGGUGCUGGCGAACCACAGCGCGGACGAGCCCAUUUAUUUUGGCCGACGAUUCAAGCCCUACGUCAAGCAAGGCUACAUGAGCGGCGGCGCAGGCUACGUGCUGAGCAAGGAGGCCCUGCGGCGAUUUGUGCAAGGCUUUAAAAACAAAGUGUGCACUCACACCAGCUCCGUGGAGGACCUGGCCAUGGGACAGUGCAUGGAGAAGGUGGGCGUGAUGGCGGGAGACUCCAGGGACACUUUGCAGCGGGAGACCUUUCACCCUUUUGUCCCAGAGCAGCACCUGACCGCCAAGUUUCCCAAAAGCUUCUGGUACUGGAGCUACUGCUACUACCCCAUCUCACAGGGUCCAAACUGCUGCUCGGACUUGACCGUGUCCUUCCACUACGUGCACGACAGCAACAUGUACUUGCUGGAGUACUACGCCUAUCACCUGCGUGCCUUUGGCUACAGAUACCGAUAUCAACCCCCCGCCCCUCUCGGCUACUCCUACCGCCAGCUGCACUCCAGGGAUGCUGCGGAUGCUGCUGAGGAAAGCCAGAAGGUUUCUCAGGAAAAGGACGCAGGAGAAGACUGAACACACUUGGGAUCGGCUUGGAUGGGAGGCACAGCUUGGAAGAUGUCCUGUUGCAUUUAGAGGUGAAAACAACAUGAAAGGAGCUGAGGAAUGGAGUGUGAGGAAUGUCCCCAAGGCCAGAUGAAGCAAGGUGGGGCAAGGACAACAUGAGCAGGCCAUACGGACCCACCAGUGACUCUUCCUUUUGGUUUCCAAGCGGUCCUGAACUCUUCUUCAUGUCAGCCUUCCCGCGAGGGAAAGGUGUCCAGCACGCCGUUGAUGUUUGCACUCUAUUUAUCAUUAAUGGUUUUUGCUAGAACUGAUCAGAGUGCAGCUAGACAACUAAAGCCUAUUUUAUCCUAGUCCGGAGCGCCAUCCUUCUUUCAUCCUAUGAACUGUACUAGCCGUCCUCAACACACAAGAGAAAGCAGGGGUGAAUAUAAACUUAUUUUUUUAGAUGGGGGGCACUUUGAUACAAUUUUUGCAUGAACCCCCCAUGGGCUCGUUUGUCCUUUCCCGUUUACCUUGUUCUUUUACUCCAUAUGGCAUGAUUUUUCCUAAGAUGUUUAUUGUUUUCAUGAAAAAUAAACUUCACAUGUGAAAAUGAAGCAUAA